AUGAUUAAUUUUGGUGAUUAAGUGGGACAUAAAUUAUUUUGUUAUGAUUCCUUUAUUUACACUUAUUCUGGUGAAGAUUUGUUGAUAUUAGAAAAAGAUACAAUGAAAAUGAAUAAUAGAAUCAAUGUAGGUGAAUAAAUUUAAACAAUUGCUAUUAAUGGAGACAUAUAUGUAUUGACUUAUAAUUCUUAAUUUCUUGUUUAUUCUGUAGAUGGGAAAUAAUUAUAGAGUAAAUAACAUAAAGGAAAGGUAUUUCAAUAUGUUUGUUUUCAUAAUGAUCAUUUUAUUGCUUAUGAUGGAAAUAAUAUUGUUAGAGUAGGAACCACUUGUUCUAAAAUAUAUGAUGCAUAAUAAUUUACUAAUAUAAAUUAUAUUCAAUAUUCAAAAUACAAAGAAUUAUUAAUUAUAGCAGAUGAUAAAUAAAUUCAUGUUAUUAGUAAUGAAGAUAAAAUUCUUAAAAAAUUUGGACUUUCAAUUACUAUUAUGUAAUUAGAUGAUGAUUAAGAUCUUUUAGCUUGUGGAUUAAGUAAUGGUUAAUUAAUAUUAUUGUAAUUUUCAACUGGUAUUAUUGUUUAAUAAGAUCAUUGGCAUGCUCAUUAAAUUAAUACAUUAAUAUUUGCAGGAGCAUCACUAUAUUCUGCUGGUUAGGAAGGUGUCAUAGUAUAAUGGCAUUUGAGAGUUGCUAGAAAGGCAUUCUUUCCAAGAUAAGGAGGUGAAAUUAUAGCUAUGUGUAAUACUGAUGAUAAUCUUAUUAUUAAUAUAAAAGGAAUCAAUUAAAUUAAAUAGAUUUCCUUAAUGGGUUAGAAUUAAUUACCAUUUUAUUAAGGAAUUCAUCAUGUUUAACCUAAUAGUUUCAUUACUUAUUAAAAUAAAUUAAUUACUUAAGGAAUAAAUGGAACUUUAUAAGUUAUUAAUCCUACAUAAGGUAUUUUAUUACAUACAAUUCCAAUAUAUUAAAGAAAUUAUAUAUCUGAUAUUGAAGAUUCAUAUAAAAGAGAUAAAACCAUCAUUAAUUAAGUAGUAGUAUUUGUUUAAUUUGUAGUUUGCAAUGUUAGAUAGAUUUUUAAUUGUUGUUUUAAGUUCUGAAUUUAAGUAAACACUUUCAAUUUUCGAAAAUAUUAAUAAUUUUGAAUUUAAUCUAUUAACAACAAUUGAUUAUGAAAUUGAAGGAAUGGAUAUAGGUCAUAAUUCAAUAAUAACUUGGGGAAAUGAAGAAAUUAGAUUAUGGAAAUAAAUUAAGUAAAAUAAAGGUUAAUUUAAUUGGAAUUGUGUAUUUAGAGGUAAUGGAUAUAAAGGAAUAAAUAUAUUAACAAGUUAUAUUAAAGAUGAAUAAACUAUUAUAAUAGUUACAUCUAUUAGUAUAUUACAUAUUAAUAUAAAAAAUAAUAAUAUUAUUAAAGAGUAACCUUUAGAUUAAACAUUCCCUGAAAUUGCUCAUAUUUAUUAAUUUGGUGUUUUAGUUUGUAAUGGUGGAACAAUUACUAUUUAUUAGGAUAUCAAAAAAUAAAUUGUAACCUAAUUUGGUAAAGCAAAAUCAAUUAGUAAAAUUAAUGAUAAUUUAAUUGCUAUUUAAUAUCAUAAUGAAUAGGCAUUAAUUGUAGAUCUUAAAUAAUCUAAAAUUCUUCAUGGAAUUACUUCUCAAAAAUUAGUCUCAGCAACUAUAAAUGGCAGGUUUAUUAUAUUCAUCUAAUAUUAUUAGAACUCUUUUAUAUUCAUAUAUCAACCAUAAUAAUUAUUAUAAAUUUGUAACUGUUCUAAGUACAGAAAGAAAGGCUUCAUUAAUGAUGGAUGAAUAAGAAACCGCUCAUUUUGAACAACCUGAAUAACAUGAAAAACCAAUCAUUGAAGAUGCAGCACCACUCGAUCCAAAUGUUUAUAGACGUUUAUAAUUAGCUAAAUAAGCAAGAUAAAUGUAAUAUUUUUAUUUAUUUUAAGAAAAGAACUCAACAUAAAAGAAUUUUUAAUCCCUUAAUCAUAAAUGUUGCCAUCUUUGACAUUUUUGACUGAAAGAGUUAUUGAUGUGUUAAAAUAAGAUCUAAAUGAUUAACAAAAAUAUCAAUCAUAUGGAAUUGAUCUAAAUCAAGAAGAAUAAGAGUGUAAUCAAUAACAAACUUCGAUAUAAUUACAUCAAUUAAAAAAAUUGUUUAAAUGAA